GGCCGGUCGGUGUCGAUGUCGUCGCGGUCGGUCCCCUGUGUCUGACACGUCUUAUUAGUUUAGUUAGUUUUCGAAAACUACACAGCUAGAACAGGUUGUAGAGAACCUUGAUGUCCAGCUGGAGAAAAAGCAAAAGUACUCUUUGGAAUUAUUGUACAAAUUAGAAUUAUUGCAAAACUUUGGUGGUUGGAGUCUUCACUUUGUGAAGAUACGUGAGCAGUGAUUGCUCUGACCACGUGAAGGAACUCUACAACUCAGUCAAUUUAUCUAGAAAGUGAGUGUUUCCUUUUCACUCUACUUUGGUAACCUGGCUGGUAGCUGUGUUAAGGUGUACACAGAAGCUCAUUUCACCAACUGCUGACACUUCAUUUAUUGCUAUUCACGGACUAUUCAUCACCACCAACGUCGAACUAAAGAAAGCGGGGGUUGGAUCUCAUAACCUUGGCUUGUACACGACUAUACAGUGGUUACCAGCUGGUACCCUGCUCUCAAAACAACGAGCGCUAGAGAGCUACAGCCUUGAUCUUAUGGGUACUCGAGCAAUUUACAGCGCCUUUCCUGUGUGGCUGGCGGCCGUAGACAGAUCCCUGUAACUAGCGGCGUAUCAUCCUCCACAGACAGACGGAAAUUAUUAAUAUAAGACGUGGCUCCGGCUAAACCAGCUGGGCCUAUACCUUGUGCCAGAGUGUACGUGUACACAACUACCUGACUGCUAAAAGCUGGAGGGAUCAGUAGUGUAUUUGGAUGGGUGCCAUGGCGGACUUGAAUGAGAGGCUCAUCUCAGGUUUUCUUGACCAUGUGAUUGACACUAGAAUAGUAAAGAGAUGGGCUGUGCUGGAAAAGUCGGCAGAUGGUGAUUCCUUGACUCUGCGCCUCUUCAGGGACGACAAAGAGGCCAAUGAGAAAAACACCUAUGUACUAAGCAAGGAGAACUUCAUCGGGACGGAGCGAGGUUCCGUCAGGCAGCACAACAAGAAGGCGCCCGCCCGCUACUGGGCGAUCAUCACCAUCCAGAACCCCACGCUGCUCUUCCAGCACAGCCACAACAACGGUGCAAAGACAGUGUCCAUCUUUGAGAAGUGGGAUAAGAAAGUGAAAGAUUUCUGGAAGCAUCAGAGUUGGUUGGUGAAACCUUUAGAGGGUGCCAACAGCUUCACCAAGGAGGAUGGUCUGACACUACACAUCAAUUGGGCCAGUGUAUGCUUGGCCUACCUCAACCCCCCUAGACACUACCUGCGCUGGUGCUUGGACACCAUCCAGCACAUCUCCUAUGAAAACACCAAACUUUGUUUCACCGUCAUGAAGGAUAACAACAAUAGUGAUUACUACGAGGUGAAAGCUGAAAAGGAACGCUUUGCUGCCAAGAUUAAAGAAGUCGUGGAAAAUCUACGCUCUCGUUACUUGGGUCAGAGUUACAUUUGUCCGAACGAUAACCAGAAGGUACCGCCGGAUGGUCCUACCUCGGUGUGCAGUGAUCCUACUACAAUGACGAGCUCCAGCUGUAAAUCGGAAUGGACCUCUCAGAAUAUGCCAGCUGAUCAAACACCCAGUGAGAAUAUGUACACUCACCAUCCGCAUCUGCAGUUGCCUGGGGAAACAUGUCGGUGCGAAGAAGCCCCAACCUGUAAACUGGAAACACAGAAAGGCGAUUGUGGUACUGCCAUGAGGAAGAUGUCAGAUCCCAAGUUCCUCAGUGUCCCCGCGAUAAAAAUUGUUCCUGUUUCUCCUGAAACGGACUCCAGGCGAGAGUUUGAGUUCCGCCACAAACAAAGUCCUUGCAUUCCACCACGGACUACUUCAUAUGUCUUGCCAGGGCAGGGAAAUCCCACAUGGACUGAUAGUAAGGCCGGCACCAGAAUGAAGAAAGGCAUGUCUGCCUCCACGAGUAUACUACAUGAAAUUCAUUCAGAGCAAGUCUUUGAGCCAUCCAGGGACUCACCAACUAGUACUGGCGGGAGAGCCUUGCCGCCCAUUCCAAAGAAACCAGACUGUCCGGAAGUCACAUCUGCAGUACAACUACCGCUGCCAAAACCACCGGUUACGCUGAUCUCACCUGGCAUUAUGGAAAAGGCAAGCAGGGUGAUGAAGCCAACUGAUGAUUGUGACUCUUGCGGAGGCUCUAUGACCAGCAUUCUGUCACAAACCAGUGAUGUGACGUCCAUGGACAUGACGCAGAGCUUGUCGUCGCUGUCGUCAGAAGAAGAGCGGGGAAGAUGUUCCUCGGUGGAAUCAAGGAAGACGAGCCCCACUCGGACGAGCGUCCAGUCCCUCACUGGUUUCAGUCAUCCUUCAAGCGAUACGAAAACCCCGACCUACAUUCGCUCACAUUCUGUUCCCGCUGAGCUGCCCAAGACCCACUCCGGCUUCACAGAGUUGGUCGAGCCGGAGUACAUGUCCACAGAGUCUCUCAAGGAAGGGUACUUACAUGUAAGUAGGAUGGAGUCCUGUUCGGCUGAGAGCGAGUACAUCAACCUGCCGUCUGAGCAGAGUCUUUAUGUCAACCCUGGCUUAACGUUACCUCCCAAUCCUUUACCACUGCCACCGCGGACAAAGCCCCCCGCACAUCCAGGUCCAACCAGGACUGACCACUUCCAUGCAGGAUCUCAGAGCUGUGAAUCAAUGGAGCUUCAUGAGGUCUUGGAUGCCAUGCUGCAUGUCAAGGAGAUGGGCUGCUCCAUGGGACUCCCUCACGGCGUCCUGGUCAAAUUCUGCUUGAUGUGCGACACGGAAAUAACAUUCCAGAACAACUGGAAGGGCAUCGCAGAACAGCUAGGUCUAACUGCAAAUGAGAUCUUCAUGGUUGACGACUACUGCCGCCGGUACAGCAAGAAGCCCACCCAGGUUAUCCUGGCCUACUGGGAGAAGCAGGCCCAGCCGCUCCGACCCUUCAAGAAGAAAGAGUUGGUCUCCAUCCUCCAUAAUAUGGAUCGGCAGGAUCUCCUAGACGUCAUCAUUCAGAGGGAGAAACAAUCGGCCAUCAAGUAGAAAUCCUUCGCCCUGUAGCUGUUUUUCUUACAGUCACAGUUUUCAGUAUUUUGUCAGACCAGCACAAAGAUUUGCAAUGGUGUGUGUUUUGCCCAAGUUCUGCUUUAAGGUAGGGUGCCCUUCAAGAUGGUGCCCUUUGAUAGCUGGCGGCCAAUGCACAAGCGAGCAAUAACUGGGUUAUAGUUCAUGAUUCCAUAGGGACCUCACAAUCUAAUGCUAAUGUCUGUAAAUACGUUUUACAUACUCAAAUAAUUUUUGUGACUUGUGUUACUCAUUUCUGAAAAAUACAACACAUUAGCAAUUAAUCUUUUAAGGAAAGCUUUCUCUGCUAUCAUUAUCUGCAUACUGUGUGAGUUUCACAAAAAGUACCUAGACCCUUUAAUAAAAUCUAUUUUUUAUAGAGAAACUUUUGUCACCAUGUGCCUCAACUGUAAAUCAAUUGACAAAGUGCCUUAAAGGGUUUUGAUAGAUUUUGUAGAUCAAGUUUUUAGCCAUGACAUGAAUCCCUAGUCACUGUGAAUGAAGAUG